UUGGUAAUAAAUAUCAUCUUGUAUUGCUUUAUUCCAAUGAAUAAGAUUGCUCAAUUACAUUUUAUAUGAAUUAUGUGUAUAUGAAAUGUUAGAGGGCGUUUCGAUGAUCAUUAAACACGUGGAUGGUUGGUAUGGAGCUGAUUAAAAUUUUAAGUUGAUAAUUAUGCCUCCAACGUUAUCACCAUAUGAUAUAUGGAAACACAAACUUAAUAGUUGUCGAUAUGUGCUCGCUCCUAUGGUCGAUCAGAGUGAAUUAGCAUGGAGAUUAUUGAGUCGACGAUAUGGUGCUCAAUUGGGUUUUACUCCUAUGUUGCAUGCUUCGGUUUUUGUUAAAGAUUCACGCUAUAGGAAAGAUAAUCUUCUUUCCAGUGAAGAGGACAGACCCCUCAUUGUGCAGUUUUGUGCAAAUGAACCCAAUAUAUUCCUUGAAGCUGCACGUUUAGCCGAAGGUCACUGCGAAGCGGUCGAUUUAAAUCUCGGUUGUCCCCAAUCCAUUGCAAAAAGAGGUCAUUAUGGAGCCUUUUUGCAAGACGAAUGGGAUUUGCUUAGAAAAAUGGUUGGUGGAGCUUAUCACACAUUAGAGAUUCCAAUCACUUGUAAGAUUCGUGUUUUUUCUGAAAUCAACAGAACUGUGCAAUAUGCUCAGAUGCUGGAAUCUUGUGGCUGUCAGCUUCUAACAGUUCAUGGUAGAACAAAGGAACAGAAAGGACCCUACACAGGUGUAGCUAGUUGGGAACACAUUAAAGCUGUGAAACAGAAUGUGAAUAUUCCAGUGUUUGCAAAUGGAAACAUUCAAUACUUAGAAGAUGUGGAAAAAUGUCGUAGAGAGACUGGUGUUGAAGGAGUUAUGACCGCAGAAGGAAAUCUUCAUAAUCCAGCAAUUUUCAAAGGAAUCAGUCCUCCUGUAUGGAAAAUGGCUCUGGAGUAUUUAGAAAUUGUCAAACAAUAUCCAAGUCCAUUUUCUUAUAUUAGAGGCCAUUUAUUUAAACUUUUCCAUCAUUGUCUUACGCUUAAUGAAAAUAAAGAUUUACGAGAAGAAUUAGCAAAAGCAAGCUCUUUAAAUAGAUUCAUUGCAGUUUCAGAACGUUUGAAAGAAAGAUAUGAAUCUGCUGAAUGGAUAAAGAAUUCAGGAACUUAUCACGACACACUUCCUUUUCCACCAUGGAUCUGUCAGCCUUAUGUUCGACCAAGUGUUGUAAAUAAAGAAAAAUACACAGAAGAUAUAGAUACAAGAAUUGAUAAUAGUAAAAGACAGUACCAAGAUGGUCAGGAAAAUUCACAUCUUUCUAAGAAGAAACUGAAAAAGUUAUCGAGAAAUCCUAAUAAAAAGUUUGAAGUUCCAAGAGAAAGAUUUGUUAAUUGUAUGCUUUGUCCAAAUCCAAAAGGAAUGAGAUGCUGUUUUCAAAUGUGUAAAUCUUGUUGUCGAAAUAAAACUUUUACUGAAAAUCUUGAAUGUAUAGGACAUAAAUUUAUUUUUUUAAACAAAAAGGAUCGAAAUGGUGAAGUUUUAUUAAAUACAUUAUUAUCCAACUGUCAUUCACAAGUAUCUUACAGAUUAAGUGGCUUAGAAGUAGAUAAUACGGUUAAUGAAUUUGACACAAAAUAUCCCAGUUCGACAACAUUAUGAUUAAUGUGUAACUUAGUAUCAAGUGACAAAUUUUAUAUUAAAGCUAAAUCAAAAUGA